AUGGAUAGAAAUUGGAUAAAUCAUAAGGGUAUAAGUGAUAGAAGAAAGCCGGAUUACAUUAAGGGAGUUAAUGAGUUUCUAGAUUUUUCUUUUAUUAAGGUAGGGAGAUGUGGUAAAAUACGAUGUCCAUGCAAUAUUUGUAUGAAUGGAAAAUUUCAGACGCGAGAAUCUGCAUUCAACCAUUUGAUUGUUUAUGGAAUAUUAACUGAUUAUAGGAAAUGGUCUUUUCAUGGAGAAGAGAGUGACGAGGAGUUAGAAGACGAUGAAGAUGAUUUAGAGGUUGAUGAAACAAUUAAAUUGGUUCAUGAUGUCACUAAUGUUAGAGCGUCAGAUUUUACUUUUAGGGAAAGCGAGAUGUGUUGUGAAAAUAUAGAAAAUGAUGUGCCUGAAAAGUUUUCCAGAUUAAUGAAUGAUGCUGAUAAAGAGCUCUUUCCUGGUUGUAAGAACUUUUCAAAGUUAGAAUUCAUUCUACAUCUUCUCCACAUCAAGUGCAUCAACAGUUGGAGCGAUAAAUCCUUCACCAUGUUACUUACACUGUUAAAGAAAGUAUUUCUUCAUGAUGAGACAUUUCCACAUAAUUCUUAUGAAGCAAAGAAGUACAUGCGAGACCUGGGAUUAAAUUACAAUAAGAUUCAUGCUUGUAAAAACGAUUGCAUCCUUUAUCGGAAAAAUUAUGCAAAUGCAGAAAGUUGUCACGUGUGUGGUUGCUCUCGGUGGAAAAGUAAUGAGGAUAAAACUGAUAUUGAAAAAUCAAAGGCAGUUAAAGGAAAAAAAAUUCCUAACAAAGUCUUGCGUCAUUUUCCGCUAAUACCAAGACUUCAACGGCUGUAUAUGUCCUCAAAGCUAGCAUGCCAUAUGAGAUGGCAUAAAGAAAAACGUUGCGAUGAUGGCAUUUUGAGGCAUCCAGCUGAUUCAAAGGCUUGGAAAACUGUUGAUCAGACAUAUCCAAACUUCUCAUCAGAUCCACGCAAUAUUAGACUUGGUCUAUCAACAGAUGGGUUUAACCCAUUUGGAAAUCUAAGCACUUCAUAUAGCAUUUGGCCUGUCAUAGUAGUUCCAUAUAACUUGCCACCAUGGAUGAGCAUGAAAAGUGAUUUUUUAAUGUUAUCAUUGUUGAUCCCAGGGGAUAAAGCCCCGGGAAAUAACAUUGAUAUUUAUUUGGAACCUUUGAUAGAAGAGCUAGAAGAAUUAUGGGAGGUUGGUGUUGAGUUUUAUGAUGCUUUUAGUUCAACUACUUUUAGUCUACAUGCAGUUUUAUUGUGGACUAUAAGCGACUUUCCGGCUUAUGCAAAAUUGUCCGGUUGGAGCACAAAAGGGAAAUUGGCAUGUCCUUCUUGCAACAUCAACACAUGCUCCCUCCAACUGAAACAUUGCCAUAAGUUUUGCUACAUGGGGCAUCGUAGGUUCUUAGAAGCUAAUCAUAAGUGGAGGUUUGAUAAAAAAUCUUUUGAUGGUAAUGUGGAAACGAGGGCUGCUCCUAAACAACUCUCAGGUGAUGAUAUCCUUCGUCAAUGGCAUGGUUGUGAGAAUAUUGUUUUUGGAAAGCUGAAUAAAAAAAUAAAAGGAAAAAGGAAAAAUCAAAGUUAUGAACAUGAACUGAAAUAUAAUUGGAAGAAAAAAAGCAUAUUUUUUCGACUUCCGUAUUGGAGUAAGCUUCUUAUUCGUCAUAACUUAGAUGUGAUGCAUAUUGAAAAAAACAUUUGUGACAGUAUAUUAGGAACACUCAUGGGGAUUGUUGGAAAGAGUAAAGAUACUGUGAAUUCUCGAAUCGACAAGUUUAUUAUAUGA